GUGUUUUUUUGGAUUCUCUCGUUCUCACAAUUCUAUUUUCAUUUCAACGUAAACCAGCCGCCGCAGCUCUCGUUUGCCGGAAAGAUUCAUCAAUCAAAUCGACUGGAAUCAACCAGCCGCCGCAGCUCCGGCCACCGCCAUUCAUUCUUCUUCAGGUUUCUUCUUCGUCGACUUUUCCUUUACACCACUAGAUCUGAGUGACGUAGAUUAGGUUUGAUUUCGUUUUUGUUUUGUCAGAUCCAGUAUAUUAUCUUAGAAAAUCGCCGGAAACUACUAUAGUAUAGUCGCGCCUCCAACGUCGUCGAAUCUCGACCGUUCGAUUCACAUCACACCAUCGUUCUCCUCCGCUUGCGCCACCGGAGUUGUUUAGGCCUUUGUUGAAUAUCUCACUUGAAUUCUCUGCUGAAGAGUUUGAGACUACUCUUCUCAAUCCCAAUGACACUUUGUUUUACAUUCACAUGCCUUUGCUAAAGCUUUUGUUUGUUUUAUCAAAUGGAUAAGAGUUGGAUAUCAAAUAACUCUGUAACUCAAGAGGAGUACAUUAGAGGUAUUUUAAACUUUCUUGAUUUUGCAUUUGCAAAUUCGUCAGAAAAUGGAAAAAUUUUAUGCCCCUGUACUAAGUGUGUUAAUUGCAAGAAGCAUUCUCGUAUGGAUGUUUACGAACACAUAAUCAGCCGAGGCUUUCUAAAAGGGUACAUUCGUUGGAUCUUUCAUGGUGAGAAAGUUAGCACUUCAAAUCGUGCAAGUGCAUGUGAAGUACAACAUGAGUUUGAUCAUGACAUGGAUGCAUUGAUUCAUGAUGCAUUUUCAGUGGAUGUAAAUAAUGAUGAUAAUGAUGCAGAUAUAAAUAUGGAGGAUGUGGAUCGAGAAACAUUCAUAAACGAACAUAAUGUUCAACAAUAUGAAGUGGGUGAUAAUUCAGAUAAGUUCUUUAAGUUGUUGAAGGAGGCAGAACAAAAUCUUUAUCCGGGUUGUAAGUUUACCAAACUAUCAUUCAUCGUACACCUGUACCACUUAAAGUGUCUAAAUGGAUGGACAGACAAAAGCUUUUCAAUGCUUCUAGAGUUGUUAUGUGAUGCAUUUCCAAAAGAAAAUACAUUGCCAAAGUCAUUUUAUGAGACAAAGAAGAUUAUUUCAGGGUUGGGAUUAUCAUAUGAAAAAAUCCAUGUUUGUCCUAAUGAAUGCAUAUUGUAUUGGAAGGAUUUGGCUCAUGCUAAUGUUUGCCCUACAUGCGGUAUCUCAAGAUGGAAAGUCAACUCCGACGAUGUUGAAGGUAGAAAAAAGAUACCUGCUAAGGUUCUUCGUUGGUUUCCUCUUAAGUCUAGAUUACAAAGACUUUUUAUGUCAUCAAAAACUGCUUCUUCCAUGACAUGGCAUGAAGAUAGUCGAACUAGAGAUGGACUCAUGAGACAUCCAGCAGAUUCUUUUGCUUGGAAGGAUUUUGAUCAUCGAUAUCCCGAUUUUUCAAGCGACCCUCGAAACGUUCGACUAGGUUUAGCUUCAGAUGGCUUUAAUCCAUUCAAAACCAUGACAAUUUCUCACUCCACUUGGCCUGUUGUCUUGAUUCCAUACAAUCUUCCUCCGUGGAUGUGUAUGAAGCAACCGAAUUUCAUACUCUCGUUGCUUAUUCCUGGUCCAAAAGGUCCUGGUAAUAAUAUUGAUGUAUAUAUGCAGCCUCUUGUGGAAGAAUUAAAGGAAUUAUGGGAAAUCGGGGUCAAAACGUUUGAUGCAUGUAAAAAAGAGUCAUUUCAAAUGCGUGCUGCAAUCAUGUGGACUAUCAAUGAUUUCCCUGCUUAUGCAAAUUUGUCAGGUUGGAGCACUAAAGGUCGAUAUGCUUGUCCAUGUUGUGGUUUUGACACAGCCUCUAAGUGGUUGCGUUAUAGUAAAAAGUUUUCUUAUAUGUGUCAUCGACGCUGGUUAGAGCCUGAUCAUAAGUGGAGAAACAAUAGAGGACAUUUUGAUGGAGACCAAGAGUUUAGAGCUCCUCCUAAGGUACCCAAUGGAAGUACUGCAUUGAGACAAUUGAAAAAUCGUGAAAACAAGGUGUUGUCCCCAUGGAAAAAGAAAAGCAUUUUUUUCUCAUUGCCAUAUUGGGAAUAUAAUGUUCUUCGUCAUAAUCUUGAUGUGAUGCAUAUUGAAAAAAAUGUUUGUGAUAACAUUGUUGGGACAUUAUUAAAUUUAGAAAGAAAAUCAAAGGAUAAUGAUAAGGCCCGUUAUGAUCUUAUACACAUGAACAUAAGAAGUCAACUACACCCGAGGAUGCAUCAAAGUAAUGGUAGAAAGUAUUUGCCUAGAGCUUGUUACCAAAUGACAUCAAAUGAGAAAGAAUCUUUCUUGGAAGUUCUAAAGAAUAUGAAAUCUUCUGAUGAGUGUGUUUCUAGUAUUCCAAGAUGCGUGCAAGUGAAACAACGCAAGAUAUUUGGUCUCAAAAGUUAUGAUUGUCAUCUCUUAAUGCAAGAGUUUCUUCCUAUUGCUAUGAAAGGUUGUUUGCCCAACAAAGUGAGUAAAGUGAUUAGCGAUCUUUGUCGUUUCUUCAAAGAACUAUGUGGUAAAGUGCUUAGUGAGCAUAAUUUGGAGCACUUGGAGAAACGAAUAGCAAAAACGUUGUGCCAAUUAGAAAAGAUUUUCCCUCCAUCUUUCUUCACUAUAAUGGUGCAUUUGGUAAUCCAUUUGGCAUAUGAGGCAAAAAUUGGUGGACCAGUUCAUUAUCGAUGGAUGUAUCCAAUUGAAAGGUUCCUUUUUACUCUAAAGUCAUUUGUUCGUAAUCGAGCUCGCCCUGAAGGGUCUAUUGCAGAGGGUUAUUUAGCUAAUGAAUGUUUGAUAUUUUGUUCACGAUACCUCUCUACGGUGGAAACACGAUUUACUCGACCUUGUCGAAAUGAUGAUUCCUCCUUUGUAGAAAAUGCAAAUGUGUUUAAUCCUAGAGGUAGACCAUUGGGGAGAAAAAACCAUGUUGGGUUUACAGUGAAGAAAAGGAAAAGAGUUUCUCGAGUUUCUCUUGAUAAAAAAACAUUGCUACAAGCACAUAGAUAUGUGCUUUUCAACAACACUAAUGUUGACCCCUUUCAAAGAGAACACAUUGACUUUAUCAAGAGACGUAAUCAAAAUCGUCGGCUAUCACCAUAUGAAAUUGACAAAAUUCAUAGUCGAACAUUUCCUGAUUGGUUUUGCGAAAGAGUAGCACGAUUAGAAGAACAAGGAAGUGUUAUAGUUACAGAUGAAAUCAGAUGGUUAGCACGGGGGCCAUUAGAAAAAGUGAGAAACUAUAGUGGCUAUAUUGUUAAUGGAGUUAGAUUUCAUACAAAGAAGAGGGAAAGGUGUUUAAAGACUCAAAAUAGUGGAAUUUGUGUUACUGUUAAGACCAAAAGUUAUGCUAGUACACGAGACAAACGCCCUAAGGAAGGAGAAAUAAACUACUAUGGUGCAUUGAUAGAUAUAAUUCAGUUGGAUUAUGCAGGAAAGUAUAAAGUUGUACUUUUCAAGUGUGAUUGGGUUGACAUAAAUAAGGGGUGCAAUAUUGAUGAUUUGGGUUUGACAUUAGUAAAUUUUAAUUACUUGCAACAUACAGGAAAUGAAAUAUGUGAUGACCCGUUUAUUUUUGCUUCUCAAGCCAAGAAAGUAUUCUAUGUGGAGAAUAAAAGACUAAAUGACUGGUUUGUCGUUGUGCAUGCUAAAGUUAGAGAUGUAUAUGAUAUGGGUGAUGCUCAAUCCAAUGACAUAGAUAAAAGUAAUGAACAAGUAUUGGAAGAGAUAAAUGAUGAUGAUUUGAUUAGACCAGAAACUGAUGAUAGUGAUGAUAUCAUUGAAGUUAUAAUUAAUAUAGAGGACAUUCCCCAAAAUGAUGAUGAGAAUGAAGAUACAGAGGAUGAGAGUGAAGAAGACCUCUCAUAUUAAUUUGUAAAUUAAAAUGGGAGAAACCAUCUUUGAUAUUGGGAGGAAAGGAACUCCGAUAAAGGUGGCUUCUAAGACGAAACUUUUGAUUACUGGGGCUAUUGCUCUGAAGGGCCUUGGAGGGGUUCUAUUCAUCUUUGGAAGCUCUUUCGGAGCUUUGCUACU